AUGCCACGCACACCCUGUCACGAUUUGCUGCGCCUUUUAUUAAAAUCCACCGGACUGAAAUUUGAAUAUGAAUUUGUAGCUUUUUUGCUAGCACUCUUUGAAGCAUUAAUUGUUUUUUUUUUAUCUAAAUUGCAAAUACUCCUUGCAAUAAUUGCAGAGAUUCGAAACAUUCAUAUAUUUGAAAUUUUUGUGAAAAUGGUGAAAAUAAUUGCAUUGUGUUUGGCUGUUUUGGCUGUUUCCGCAGCAGCGGAGCCUCUCCCAGAAAAAAGCACCCGUGUCGUAGGUGGUGUCAAUGCUGCCAUUGGCCAAGUACCUUUUAUGGUGUCUUUGAGAACCAACCAAGGACACUUCUGUGGUGGUGCCAUCAUCAGCAAUCGUUGGAUUCUUACUGCUGCUACUUGCGUGUUAAAUAAAUAUCCAAAUGAUAUUCUUCUCGUCGUUGGAACCAACACUUUGAAUGCUGGCGGAGUAGGAUACAAAGUUGCCCAAAUAAUCGUUCAUAACCAAUUUAACCAGAACACAUACCACAAUAACAUCGCUUUACUAAAAACUACAUCAAAUAUUGUAUACACAAACUAUGUCAAACCAGUUGGUCUGGCAAGCUAUGAUACACCAAUUGGAGCAGUAUCCACUCUGGCUGGAUGGGGAUACUUAUCUAAUGGCGGCCAAAUUCCCAACUACUUGCAAAUCGUCGACACGUACACCAUUUCUUACGAGCAAUGCAGAAAUGCUUUGAUCAAUGUUAACCAGAUCGUACCAACACAACUCUGCACAUAUAUUGCACCAGGAAAAGGUGCAUGUGCUGGUGAUUCUGGUAGUCCUUUGGCAGCAGGUGGCCAAUUAGUAGGUAUUGUUUCCUGGGGUGUCCCAUGUGCCACUGGUGUCCCAGAUGUCUACACCAGAGUCUAUGCUUACCGCGAUUGGAUCAGAUAUUACACUGGAUUUUAAUCUCCUAAACUCAUCUCAUUUGUUAUAUUGUAAAUUAUGUAAAUAAAUAUGAAUAAUGAA